CGAAUACCUUCAUGUCUCCAGUCUCGUCCGUUCAUCACCACCAGCAUGAAUCAUGUCCCUCGCCCCCUGCAUCCCCGGCGCCUCCAGCACCGUCGCUCGCGCAAUGGCUGCUUGACUUGCAAACGCCGCAAGGUGCGAUGCAACGAGGAGAAGCCGCUGUGCUAUCACUGUCGUCGUCUGCAUCUGGACUGUCUCUGGAAAGACCCCGAUGGCGACUCCCAGCGACGGUCGCCGUCUGCCAGAGAAAGGACCCCCGAGCAGCCCUCUCCUCCACAAUUCUUCGACUUUGAGCAGUCUAUAGGCACUGGCACAAUCGAUGCUGCCCCAUUUCAAGACCUCUUCCUUCCGGUCUUCAGUGACUUUGCACCCGACCUCAACCUGCAGGACGAAGUGCUGUUAGGCAACCCAUCUCCUGCGCCAUCCAUCGACAUCCACAAUGGAGAUACUCUGCAGCUCGAGAUACCACCUAUACUGGAUCCCAUCGAGAAUGGCCCAAAAGGAACGUCGGCGCAAGCCAUGCUGAACAGCCUCGCACGAUCAUCGUCGAUGGUCCGUGAUUCUAUGGCGGCAUUUGCAACGAUUCGGGCGUCCCCUGGAAAUACAACGGGGGAUUAUCAGGAGUACUAUGAAAAGGCAGCAAAUCGCCUCUCUCAACGAUUGCAGCAGCCUGCUGGAAGCAGGAUAGAAGGUGGUGAGCUCCGAUACUCGCUGGCCACGAUCUUCUUCCUCACAUACGUCGAUCUUUUGACCGGCCGCCUAGAUUUGGCUUACUCGAAUCUGGCCUGGGCGCAUCGUGCGAUACAGGUGACUGGGAUGAACACCUUGGGCUCUAUAGAACAGAGAAUUCUGUCAUGGAUCCGUUUACUUGAUGCACGGGCAGCAGCUGCUGGAGGAGAAGGUCUCCUAGUCAACGACACAAUACACUGCCCACCAACCCCGACUUCGACCUCCGCCAGUUCCACGCCUCGAAUACCAGAUCCCACCCCAGAUGGCGGGUCUCAAGAUGUGAUCUACGACAUUCUCUGCCAGCCCGGAAUCGCAUUCUACCAACAAGUCCAGACCAUCACCGGGCGCAUUACUCGGAUCGCCCACAUCCACCGCAGCCGGGGAAGCGUAGAAGACGAGACAGAAGUCAUGGCUAUCGCGGCGAACAUUCUGCACGACCUGGGGGCAUUGUAUGACCGGCGGCCUGCACUCAUGGACUACGCCGUGACUGGGAAUAUCAGUGCGCUGGCCGAACCGCUCGCGUCAGGCAUUAUACGCUCCUUCCAAACGUACGUGGCCAACUUCUACGCGUGCUAUAUACACCUGCAUCGAGUUGCCCACCGCCAUCUAGCCCGCUCCAAGGCCGUAGACACAGCUUUAGAGAAAAUAAAGGAAAUUCUGCAUCUGAUGGUGGCCAAGAAUGAGUCUAUCCCGGUUAACAUGCUGUGGCCGCUGUUUCUCUGGGGAAGUGAAGAAGACGAUCCGGAGGAGUGCCAGUGGAUUCUGACGACAAUCCAAGGCCUGCACCAUGUAGCGAGUAAUUCCAGUAUGGCCGCUGGGGCACUGGGCGAGAUCCAGAGAAGACAGCGCGAGGCAGGGGGGAGGGUUGAUAUCCGGUCUGUCUGUCUGGAGCUGUUCAACACUACGUUCGCCAUUGUCUGAUUUAUUUGAGAGCUGUCAUUCUAUUUACGGCACUUUGUAUUAAUCUAAACAAAUUAAUCCAUAUCUACACUGAAGC